UCAGGUGAGGGCGGAUUCGCUGAAGAAGGACGUGAAUAUGAUGCAUAAUUUUCAUGUGGUGUAUGCUCAAAGGUUGUAAGUGGUCUCGAUUGAUGAUAUCCGGGUGGGGACUUUAUCUAUUAGCAGUAUGUGCAGGUCCGAAAUAUUAAUGGGGUAUGUCAAGAUAAGAUGCGAACAGGCUGCCAAUAGCCUAUAUAGCCGGAAUCAAGAGGUCGCUGGCAUAUGCGAAGCAAAUCCAGUCAGGGCAGAUGCUGCCUCGAUAGAAUCGCAUCAUUGUGGGUUUAUCGCUUGUGUCAGACGUUCAAACUGCGCGAAUAGCCUCUCGUGUUGUUCUUUCUGCUCUUGCCGUUCCUUAUCAUGUUGUUCUUGGUGCUCCCGCCAUUCCUGCUCCCAAUGUGCAUGUAGCCUUUCUUCAUGCUCUUUCCCAUCCCUUCGUUCUUGCUCCAAUUGCGCCUGGAAAUUUGCUCUCCACACUCUCCCCUCCUUUCGUUUCUGCUCCAACUGCUGCUGUAACGUCUGAAUCAUGGCCCGGAUCUCAGAUUCAGUGACCGAUUGUAUCUCGCGAGCAUCGUC